UGGCUAGCCGAAUGGUGGUGCAGGAAGUAGUUAGUGCACGGUUUGAUGGCGCGUGUUGAAUUUGGAGUAAUAAUAUUAUUGUGGAAUGUUUAAACGCGUGCGCGAAAGAAAUAAUAACGGGCCUUAGAGAGGUGAACGGAGGCCACUGGAUCCGAAUAUAGCUGAUACGGGCGGCUGGCGCCAUGUACCGAGGGCCGAGGCCGCACCGAGGCGCGUAUCCUCCUCCUGCAGCGUCCCGCGGCUUCGCUCCGCGCGGCCCGCCUCCCUCGAGCGCAUACCCCGGCGCUCCGUACCGCGCCGAGCACGCGCGGGGCACCAACGGCUAUCCGCAUGCCUACCGCCGACACUCGGAGUUUCCGCGGAGGCGCUAUUCAUCCCCGGGAAGAGGGUCGGGGGAAGACUUCCGAGGCGACGGGCCUCCCCCUAGAGACUACGGCCAUAGAUAUACCCCUUCACCUCCUCAUGGUGGUCUCCCCACUGACCAUAGUCUUGUUAUAACUGUGGGCAACGAGUUGACCAGUUUAUCUCAGAGCACAGGAGUGGACAUGCCCUAUGCCAGAGAUUAUUCUCCACAACGGUCAAGCUAUGAGGCCCAUGAUGAGCAUCGGUUAAGAAGGCACAGUGAUAGCCGUUGUGGUAACAGAGGCUGGAGCCAUAGUCCGAACAGAAUUCACAGCCGAAGUCGUCCUCGCAGCAGAAGCCGUAGCCGCCCGGUGAGUCGCAGCAGGGCGCUGAGCCGAGGACGUAGCAGACCACGCAGCAGGAGUAGGAGUAGAAGCCAGAGCAGGGGAAGAAGUAGAGCGAGGAGCAGGGCAAGGAGCAAGAGUAGACCAUGCAGCAGAAGCCGUAGCAGGGCAAGGAGUCGGAGUCAGAGCAGGGGGAAAAGCAGGGCAAGGAGUCGGAGUCAGAGCAGGGGAAAAAGCAGGGGGAGGAGUCGGAGUCAGAGCAGGGGAAAAAGCAGGGGGAGGAGUCGGAGCAGAGCAAGAAGCAAAACAAGGAACAGGCCAAGGAGCCGGAGCCGAAGUGGCACCAGCAGCAGCAGCAGCAGAAACAGCAACAGAGAUAAGGAAGACUUUCGAGAGCUUGAAAGGGCCCGUCGACGAAAAGAGCUGGAGGACAUGCUCACGAUGCCCACUAAGUCCAUCUUGAAAAAGAGAGUUGACUCCUCCGAGACUGAUUCUCCUAUGAUCGGACAGAGUACUGACUCCCCACAAGAGAAUCCAGGCAGUGGUCUUUCAAAGGAUGCAGAGCAGUUGCUAUGUGCAGUGACUAAAACCAUGGACCCAGACUUACUGGCUUCAGUGUUGUCUAGAAAUUCUAAUGCCAGUGCCUUUGAAGAGCUCUUAAGCAAAUUACAACCAACCAAAGAGAGCGGGCAUGGGUUCUCUCUUCCUCAUGAAAGUAGCGGCCAGGAGAAUUCAGACCUUACUCAACUUCUCAGUGUGAUGGCAGAGGCAGUAGCCCCACCAACAGACAAAAAGAAAAACUUUGUAGAUAUUGAAGACGAGGAGAAGUUCCUGUAUGGGGACGAGGAAGAGGAAGCCACAUCCAAGGCAAAAGAAAUGCCAAAAUCUGGACAGUGUAGCUUAUUGAAUGUUUAUGAGAAACCUGGAGCUGAUUUGCUGUAUCAUGAACCAAGGACUGGUAUAGGACAUGAUCUCCAUAGAAAAGAAUAUGGACGUUCUUUCAGUCAGCAUUCUGAAGAGGAUGAAAGUCAAAUAAAGAAACAGAGCAAAUAUCGGGAUAAGAACUAUUCUAAAGUUUUGCCUGGGCAGCAUCUUGAUGAGGAACCGCAGAGUAAAACACCAGUAACUAGCACUCAUGAUGCUCAGGUUAGGGCAGAGGUUGAGGAAUAUGAGAAGAUCCAAGACCUCCUUAAGACUAUUGGCCUUGACCUGGGCGUAGCUGAGAUCAGCAAGAUGGCUGCGAGGACUCAAGAGCGCCUCCAGGGUAAAAAUCCUGCAAAGUCUUCUGUCAAAAGGCAACAGUCUGACCGGAAACGCCAGAGCCACAGCAGGAGUUCCAGUAGCUCCAGCGGGAGAAAGAGCAGAAGUCGGAGUUCAAGCAGGAGAAGCAGCUGCAGCAGUAGAAGCAGUCGGAGCAGAAGCUAUGAGCGCACCUUGAGUUGUAGCAAGAAGAAGUCUGUUCCUCUUGAAAGACGUCCGUUGCGAUCAGACAGUCAGAGUAAGAGAGAGGUUCGGCCUGGCACUAAAGCUGAAGAGAGCACGUGGACUCGCACAGGACCACCUCCUCCUGAAAUUGGGACUCCCGGAACAAAUCAUUUCCCAACUCAUUCUGCCCACCCAAUGCCUCCUUAUCCACAAGCACAGUCACAUAUACCUCCUAAUUAUCCUCCACCUGGUUAUGAUCCUUAUGGGAACUACAUGCCAUAUAUGCCUCAAGGCUGGCCCCUGUACCCUCCUCCUGGAAUGCCAAUGCCCGCUCCAACACCACCAUCUAUGAAAGACUACAGCUCCCCUGCCAUAGAGCGACCCUUCCUGAAAGUAAUCAAUACUGUAGCAAACGAAGCCGAAGGGAUGGAUAAAAAAGGUUUAAAGGUGGAUCCAUUACAGAGCAUUACAAUUGCAUGCAGUGGAAACCAGAGGAGGGUAAUUGAAGAAAAGAAUAAUGCCAAUCAGAAGCAAAAGGUAACUGAAGAGCUUGAAAAGCUAAAGAAGGACCGAGAUUCCCGAUUGAAGAAAAAAGAGAGUCUGAUAAAAGAAUUGGAGACACUACGAAAACAGCAAGGGGAGCUCCUAAGGAAAAAGCGAAGGGAGAAAGAUGGCCACAAAGACCCCAUCCUUAUGGAGCUUGGUCGUCUACAAGAGGACGUGAUGGCCCAGAUCUCUGUUCUGCGCACUGAACAUGGGGCAGCAGAAAAGAAGUAUGAAGAACUAGUGAAGGUGGCAACCAUCCUGGGGCUGGACCACAGAAACCUUAGGAGCUCGGCAGAACAGACACCAUCUCAUAGCAAGUCGAAAGAGUCCAGAAGCCCAGAGAAAUCUAAAUCUGCCUGCAUCACAUCCUGCCCACAGGAUACCAGGUCCUCAGCUCCAGGACCCAGCACCAGAUCGGAUUCAGUAAGCGAGAUAUUUGAGUACUAUGAUGCAGGAAACCACUGGUGCAAAAACUGCAACGUUACUAGUGGUUCCAUGUUUGAUUUUUUCACACACUUGCACAGCAAAACGCACAGAAAGACUAUAGAUCCCUACAUCAGACCAUGGGCAUCGAAUUUGGAACGUGAGAAGAAGCAUCUUACAGGAGAACUCAUUUCUAAACCUUCAAAAGGCUCGGAAUUUAUGUUACCUGUGAGGGGAUUUUUUUGCCAGUUGUGUAAAGAGAUUUUCGGUGACCCUAUUUGUGCAGAGGCCCAUGUUUUAUGUCAUGAGCACAAUGAACAGUAUAAGAAACAAAUGUACGAGAACCCACUUUAUGAACAGCGGAGAAACCUGGAUCGCCAAGCUGGCAUGGAGAGCGAAAGAAAGCAGACUGAGCACAAACGAAAGCGUGAAGACGACGACUCCCAGGAUGAGCAGAAAAACUCCAGCAAAGAGCAAGCGAAAAAGCCCAAAUGCAGGAAUGAAGACGACGAUCGCCUGAAAUACGUCAAGGAAGAGGAUCGGAAAUCGAAAUAUAUCAAAGAGGAGGAGAAUAAACCUAAAUCGAAGAAAGAGGAGGUUGAAAGGAGCAAAAAUAGAAAAGAAGAGGAAGAGAGGAAUAGGUAUGCAAAGGAGGAGGAGGAGAGGUACAGACACAAGAAAGGGGAUGAGGAGAGGUACAAGUCUGAAGUAGACAAAUACAGAUACAAGGAAGAAAAUCGGUACAAGUACAGAGAGGAUAAUGAGAAGUAUAAAUACGGAAGGGAAGAUGAAAAAUCUAAGUAUCGGAAAGAGGAUGACAAGAAAUACAAAUACGGCCAUGAGUCUGAGGAAGAGAGGAGGCCAAAAUACAGGGAGGAGGAGGCGCAAAAGUUGCUGAAAUCCAAAUGGGAGGAAGACGAAGAGGAGGAUGAGGAGGAAGAGGAGAGGCCCAAAUACGGCAAAAGGGAGGAUAAAAAGCAACACCAGAGAGGAGGGCGCAAAGAUGAGAGAGAGAAGUGUUCUUUAAAAGAUGCUAAGGUUGACCUCGAGAAGUCUAGUGAGCUUCCAAAGGUUCUUUGCGGGCCGAGUCCAGCGAUGCUUGCAAAACUUCGAAAAAAGAAUGAAGACUUCACUUCACGUCCUGCCCUUGGAAAAUUCACUUGGAAAAAGGCUGAAAAGACGUCUCUGGAGAAGGAGGCCGAGAAAAUUGCUGAGCAGUUUAUAAAGGAAGAUGAGGAGAGCGUUGUAGCUGCAGGAGCAAGUAAAAACUCUGAGGACCAGGAUGCUUUUGCCAAGUCUGUGGCUGUUGCCAAGAGUAUUGCUAUCAAACUUUCGGGUAAAACGGCUAUCGAACCUUCCCAAGAAUGGGUAGCCUUCAACCAGAAUAAAACUCGUCCUACUUUACCCUUCCCUUCUAAUCCUUUGAGGAAAUCCAACGUUGGGCUCCAAAACAAACCGGUUUCUGCCGACACAUCCUCCUCGGCUGUUCCAACCAUGGACUCGAGCAGCGCAUCAUCUGAAACUGAGACCAAAAAACAAGCAGAGAAUGAAGACGUUAUGUCAGCUGAUCUAAUCUCCAAGGCUUUCGGUGGUGAGGAGGUGAAAUUGGACAUUCCAUGUGAUAGCUCACCCAGUCUUGCAUUUGCUUCUGACUCUGUACCAACUCCUUCAACUGUAUCAACUCCAUCAUGCAGAGUACAGAAGCUGGAGCCUGUCAAGGUAAAAGCUCCUGUUGAACGUAUGAUUACUCUUGAGUCUGAUGUAGCUGCUCCUGGAGUACCUGAGGAGGAACACAAGCUAACAGUCAUGGUCCGUCCUCCUCCUCAACUUCAGACCCUCAAAAGUUCCUCUUUUGCAAAAACAGUCAAGCCAAAAUCAAAUCUAGCUGCAGCAAAAGCAAAAGACUUGUUUAACAUUUUCUAUGGCUGCAGCGCGAUGACUAGCAGCAGCGCAAUGACUAGCAGCAGUGCUUCUAGAGCUGGCAGUAAGGUUGGCUGUAAAGUGGCCUCUAAACCUGUUUCAGGACUUUUGGUGACCACUGGAAAUAAAGAAUCAACACAGGAGCAGGAUCCAGACUCUCAACACGUAACUGAGGUCUCCAGUUUGAAGUGUGAGCAGCCAUCUGAGGACAAAGGAGCAAAGUCUGAACCACCGAUCUUUGAGCUUGAAGUGGAGCCACUUGUAAACUUAAGAACUGAAAAGCAAAGUGAAAGCCUGGAAAUGGCAACAGCUGAUUGCAAGAAUGGAUCCGAUCCUCUAGAUUGUUUAGCCAGUUCAGAAAUGUUGGAGAACAUCGAGAUGAUCGAAACCAAUGAUAACCAAAAUCCCCUUGACUCUGAAGAGGCGAUGACGCUCUCGUUUUCCCCACCACCAGGUUCUUUCACCGAGCAACUGAACUUGGACACAUUUGAGUUCAGCUUUGAUUCUUUGUAAAGAAACCUCCAUCCAGUAGGUUUAGGGGCUGUGCAUGAAACCUGCGAAUGUUUCAGUAUCAUUUGAUCUGAAAACUUUUCAUUUGUACGAUUUUGGUUGAGAUGUUUCAUGUAUUUUCUCAAACUCUUUGGCAGGUAAUGUCAGUGAAAUGAUGGACUGACAAGCACUCAUUCUGGAGAAAAGGAGAUUCCACUGAAAGAAUGAGCACUGUCUCAGAAUCAAGUAAUGAACCAUUAGCAUAUGUAAAAUGUUGCACAGUUUUUGUUUAAAGUACAGGGUUUUGAACUCCCUGCUUUUUUUCUUGCUUUGUUUGCAGCUGAAACAGUUCCUUUAAAAAAAAAAAAAAAAAAAAAAAGGUAAUGUAGACCAUCAUUUUAUAUCAUUUGAGAGUGAUUAAAGUUCAAGUGUAAAAUCCAUUCAUCCUCCCACUUAAGUAAAUCAAAGAUAUUUUAAUACAGGAGCCACAGAGAUCCAAGGUCAGAAGAGAAAAAGAGUUGGUGAGGAGCUCAUGCUACGGGGACAAAAAAUGUCUUGAAAUGUAUUUGUACUUUUGAGUCCAGCUGUUUUCUCUUCACAGCUUUUGUGAGAACUGAUGCAAAUCUGAGAUGACAGUCCUGUACCCUGUUACUGUAUACUGUUUCUGUAGUACUAUUGGUUGUUCUGUAGUUUUUGGUGUAUAAGGUCUAGUUGAAAUAAAUUUAAUUGGCUUC